UGAAGCAUACAGAGUCCCCUUCCACUUUCUUCCUUCUUUCUCAUCACUCUUUUAAGAUAUUUUUGUUACAUAGUUUAUGGUCUACGAGAGCCCUGCCUCUGUAGAGUGUAGACCAACCUCCUUUUCUUUGCUUUGAGCUCGCUCGAUCUUCUUCCAUUUCAUGUCUUGUUUUAUUUUAUUUUAUUUAUUUAAGCCUUUUAAAUGCCCAACAUUUUGUUCUUGAUGUUUGAGAUUGAUGUAUUCAAUUCUGAGUGAAAUCUUCUUUUCCGGGUGUAUGAUCAAUUCCACUGUGAGACGCAGGACCCAUUUAGUUCAAUCCUUCUCUGUUGCUUUCCUUUACUGGCUCUACUACGUUUCAUGAUUUCUAACCCCCUCUCCAAUUAUUAAUUAAAUAAAACCCUAUUAUAUAUAUCUUACAUAUUUUUAUCUGCAAAAAAAAUAAUCUUUUUUUGUUCUUGUUCUUGUUUAGUGUCUGGGUCCUGCGAACUCCAAGUACAAGAAGGGUCAAUUUUUGUUUUUCUGUUAACUUUUGAUUACUAUGGCUUGUUCAAGUGGAACAUCUUCAGGGGCGACGUCGUCGAUGCUUCAAAAUAACUCAGGUUCGGAGGAGGAGCUGCAGGCUCUGAUGGAGCAGAGGAAGAGGAAGAGAAUGAUAUCGAACCGCGAAUCGGCUAGGCGAUCUCGAAUGAGGAAGCAGAAGCACUUGGAUGAUCUAGCAUCGCAGGUGACUCAGCUCAGGAACGAGAACCACCAGAUUCUCACAUCGGUGAACCUCACUACCCAGAAGUACUUGGCGGUUGAGGCUGAGAACUCUGUUUUGAGAGCACAAGUGAACGAACUCAGCCACUGGUUGGAGUCUCUGAACGAGAUCAUCCACUUCUUGAAUGCCACUGAUGGUGGUCCACCACCACCACCAAGCUCCUUCUUUGAGCCCGAUGCUACCUUCUUCAACAAGGCUUAUCUGAGCCAGCCGAUUAUGGCUUCAGCAGACAUGUUGCAGUACUGAGUGUGAUGGUUGUUGGUUUCUUUUAGGUUUUAGUCUGUUAGGGAAAAUUGUAAUCGCUGGCAGAUAGUGAGUACGAUAAGGAAUAAUGAUGAAUGUGUAACAUAUCAUAAAGCGGGUAAGCUUGUUGGGGCCCCUGUAGUCUUCAGAGAUCAGAUCACCCUAUUAUUGUUGCAACUGCACUUCCCCAUACUAGACUUAUUAUUUAUGUCAUAUCACCAAAUCAUAUAACAUUAAGUUUAAUUUAGUGUCAAUGUAAAAGAAUUUAUCAAA